AUGAACCAAAAUACAGGAUUAUCAGGAAUCGAUUGGAUACCAAGGUGGAGAAGUCAAGAAAGAGCAUGGCAAACUAGAUCAAGAGGUGUAAAGAAGUUUGUCACAUUUUUAUUACGCUUUCGGGAAGAACAAAGAAUAGUAGAGGAUCCAGCAUGCGGAACACAGCGAUCAUUAGAAAUUCACGAAUUAGAGAUGUUGUAA